UACGACUCGAUUGAUGUAAACAAAAAAUAUAUGAGAGUUUCAACUAUUAGUUUGUGUUUUGUUUUGUUUUUUAUUAUUAUUUUGUUUUUUUUGAUUAAAUAAUAAUCACUUGUUAUUGUUGUGACCACUAAUUGAUAUGACUUGUCGUUGUUGUUGUUGAUCAUUACCAACGAUGUCGUCGUCGUCAUCGUCGCCAUCAUCUGCUGCUUCCGCCUCCAACUCCAGAAGCGACCGACUGCUCGAACUGAGCGCCAAAUACGUCCGCUUCGAGUCGGUAUCUAAAUCGGUAAAUGUUUUCUACGAUGAGGCCAAUCAACAUGUAUUUGUGGUCAACAAUCGAUGCGCCGACGGUGUUAUUGUCGACAGUGUUGACCAAACUAUUGCUAAGUUUAAACUCGAAGACAGAGGCGAUGUGUUGUCCAUAAAGUUUUCGCCGGCCACCGAUGUGUUGGCCAUUCAACGAUCGGCCAAUACGGUCGAGUUUAUUAACUUUGCAAACGGACAGCCAAGUGAUCACUAUUCGCAACCAUCGAGAUCGAAGAAUGGCAAAGUCUUAGGAUUUGUUUGGACCAAUACUUAUGAAAUGGUUUACAUUACCGACAACAGCAUCGAACUCUAUCAAGUGGUUCCCGAAAAACGAAUCGUCAAAUGUCUGAAAACGUUUGCCAUAACUGUCUCGUGGUUUGUCUAUGAGUCUCAAUCAGCCGUCCUAUUGGUGGCCAACGGAACGUUUGCCAAUGCUAUACAAGUGUUUCAAUUUAAACCAAACACUGUGUUUAAGUUAACAAAAUUUGAAGUCGACUGGAGUGGUGGUAAACAACAGAAGACAACAAAAACUGGUUUAUAUGAGAGAGAUGUUGCCGUCACUAACAUUUAUGGCAAAAAUCGUUUACUAGUGCUCAAACAUCAUCCGGUAACCAAAGAGCAAAGUGGCGCCCAUAUUGUCAUCUAUACGUUUGCAAAAGAUUUAGAGCCUCAAAAAACUGAUAUUUUAAUGCUUAACCUAACCGGUCGUUUUGCUAUCAACAUAGUUGAUGAUCUGGUUAUAGUUCAUCACCAGACUAGUCAAACAUCACUGGUUUUUGACAUAAAUUUGCCAUCAAAUGAAACAAUAGGCAAUAUUAAAGUUAAUUAUCCGAUAUUUUCCAAUUGUACGAUAAAAGCAUUUAAAUUGGACGAUAAUAUUGAUUGUGAACUUUAUUCAACAAAUUGGGUUAUAUUUCAGCCAAAUAUCAUAAUCGAUGCUAAACUCGGUUGUCUUUGGUUUUUGCAAAUCAAUUUGAAGCAUAUGAUUGAUUUGUUGCCAAACAUUCAAAUUUUGAUCGACUUUCUUAUCUAUCGGCGAAACUCGAAGUCAUGUUUGCUUCGAGUAAUCAAACGAUUUAUUAAUCCGAAUCCUAACAGCGAAGAUAGUCCGCAAAACCAAUUGGGAAAUUUGUCGGUAGUUUUCAACAAAUUAAACGCCGCUUAUAGGGAAACAUUGACUUCAGAGAUGACAACAACAACAACAUCAUCAACAACAACAACCCAUACAAACCCGAACCAUGUAUUAGACACAAACAAACUGAAAGCCCGGUCAAUCAUUGAACAGAAGGACGUCUUUUCCGAAGUGUUUUCAGUUUUUGACGAACAAAAUAUUGGUUUGGAUCAAAACAUGAUAAUAUCGAUACUAUUUGAAUACAUCUAUUCAUUGUCGACAAAUCAAAUUCAAAUCCAAUAUUUUGUCUACGAAGUACUGAUCCGACAUUUGGUCCGUUCGGAACAGUACUAUCAAAUGCAUCAGUUUCUCCAGUAUCAUGUCUUUACCGACUCGAAACCACUGGCCUGUCUACUCCUAUCGCUUGAACCACACUAUAAAUUUGCUGUUCAACUGGCACUGGAUAUGUUGAAACGAUUGACGACAGCCAACGAAGAGAUAAUCGAAGUAUUGUUAUCGCAGUACCAGAUUUCAAGGGCCUUACGAUUCAUUCAAUCGCACGGCAAUAUCGAUAGUAUAUCUGCCCGAAAGUUUCUGGAAAUUGCCACCAAUUCUGGCGACAAUAAACUAUUUUAUUCGGUUUACAAGUUUUUCGAAUUAAGAAAUCUUCGACUUCGAGGAUCGCCAGCAUUUGCUAACGGCGAACAUUGCGAAACAUAUAUCGAACAUUUUAGCAAAUUGUUUGGCAGUACUUCCAGUCUACCUGUCCACUGAUCAACCAAUACAAACGGUUAAAAU